AUGGUUGCCAUUGAUCCUCGCUACGCCUCCAGCGUCAACGCCAACGCCCCGGCAGCCAUCAGCUUCAUGUUCCCCAAGGGACGUGAAGCGGUUGAGGGCUCGACGCACAAGCAGCCUUGUGGCGGUUCGGCCAACGGCCCCCUCACCGACUACCCUCUCACUGGUGGCAAGCUCUCUUUCGGCCAGCACGCGGCCACCGACAACGUCAACUUCCUCUGGGGCAAGUACAUCGAGGGGGACGGUGGUGACAAUUACGAGUUCAAGACCUAUGGCGAGUACACCGUCGCCGACCUCUCAUCCGGUCACUACUGCGCCAACGGCCCUGACUUUGCCUCCCAGGGCUUCAAGGCCGGCGACAAGGCCACGGUCAUGGUCGUUUACCAGGCCGACGGUCCCCCCGGAAAGGGCUUCAACAAGCGUUGGAACUUCCAGUGUGCCGAUGUCAAGCUCGUAGACAACUGGACGCAGCCAGAUGGCUACAUGUGCGGCAACUAUUACUCGACAAACGAGACGCGCGUCACGACUGCCGACAAGUCUAUGGAGUUUACCAUUUCGCCAUCGUCCCAGCCCAAUGCCGGUCAGGGUGGCGCCGCUGCCGCCGCCGCCUCGCAGAUGGAGCCAACCAAGGCUGGUGGAAUCGGCGCCGGUGUUACCGUCGGUGUCUUCCUCCUCGCCAUCGGAGCCCUCUGGGCCACUGGCCUUCUGCGGUUUGGCCGCAAGUCGGUCGCUCUCCGCGACGACGCUUCGUCCGCCUCGUCGGUCCCUAUCAAGCAGACUCGCGUUUAA